ACACAGAUGAGGUGGGUGGCAGUCCUGGCAGUGGCGAGUGCGGUGGCCCUCUGCGGGUCCCACGUGCUAAAUACCGAUGGCCAAGGGGAGCUGUGGGCGGUGCUGGUGGCCGGCUCCGCAACGUGGAUGAAUUACCGCCACCAAGCGGACGUGUGUCACGCCUACCAGAUCCUCCACCAGCACGGCGUCCCGGACGACCACAUCAUCGUCAUGAUGGAGGACGACAUCGCCAACAGCAGGGAGAACCCGACGCCCGGCGUGGUCAUCAACCGCCCCGACGGACCCAACGUGUACGAGGGCGUCCCCAAGGACUACACCGGCAUGGAUGUCACUCCUGAAAACUUCCUGAAGGUCCUUAGCGGCGACGCCGCAGGACUCCAGGGCGUCGGGUCCGGGAAGGUCCUCAAGAGCGGCCCCAACGACCGCGUGUUCGUCAACCUGGUAGACCACGGGGCGCCCGGCAUCUUCGGGUUCCCGCGCAGCUUCCUCCACGCUCGAAACUUCUCCGACGCCAUCUUGGCCAUGCAUCGCAACAAGCAGUUCAAGGAGAUGGUGAUUUAUCUCGAAGCAUGUGAGUCUGGUUCGAUGUUCCAAAAUCUUCUUCCUAAUGACAUUGAUGUGUAUGCCCUGUCUGCUGCCAACGCGACACAACCAUCCUACGCCUGCUACAUGGACGAGCACCUCCACACCUUCCUCGGAGACGUGUUCAGCAUCAAGUGGAUGGAGGACACAGAUAGGGAGGACAUCACGAAGGAGAGUCUGGAGAAGCAGUUCCAUCUGGUGGAGAAAGAGGUAAACGUCUCCCAGGUGAUGCAGUGGGGGAACAAGACGAUGGCCCAGGAAAUGGCGUCCAACUUCCUCGGCAGCAAAGAGUCGGAGCUAAGCGACUUCGGUCCUUUCCCGCCCUUCAAUGAUCCUUGUCUGAAAACGUCGAUCGACAGCACCAACGUCUCCGUCGCCAUUAUCCAGGGGCGCAUGGACGCCGCCCAGAACGAGACAGAAGCCAGUUAUUGGGCCCAACAAAUGGUCCAGCUCCAGCAGAACCGCACGUGGGUGACCGAGACCAUGUACCGGGUGGCGCUGAGCGUGACGGGAAGCGAGGACGCGGCGACCGGAAUGAUGAGCGAUCGUCGUCACGCCGUCACUCGCUGGCUGUGUUACGAGGAAUCCGUCGAGGCCUUCCACCGGCAUUGCUUUAACCUGGGGGAGAAUCCUUAUGCUCUGCGCGUCCUUCAGCCGGCGAUGAACCUGUGCGAACACGGGUACACGGGCGCCGAGUUCGCCAGCGCCGCUCGGGAAGUCUGCACGCAUGCCUCCGUUUCGGGCAUCGUCUGAACAUGUCAGUCAUAACUUGACAGAAGGGCUUGACUGCAGUGAAGGGCUUGGUGAAUGUAAAUUAGAACUA